AUGUGGUCUACAAGGGUCCUUGAGGUGCUCGUGGCCGUGCAUUGUCCAAGCGCAUCUUGGAAUACAUCUGAAGCAUACCGCCUCGUCGUUGACUGGACCUUGCUCCACCGAGCUCCUGCGAAGCUGGCGUGUUACGUCCGACCCGUCAUCCAUCUGACGAGCAAGGUCCGUUUUGUCUCGUUUGGGCGAAACUCCUUCCCGGAAGAGAAUAUGCUAUAUCAAUUCACCUCGCAGGUUUUGAUGCUCACCGACUUCUUUCAUGGAGCAGGAGUGGAACUUGCUCCGUAUCACGUGCGAUCCGAAACCCAGGAUCAGCAGUUCAAAAGCUGGCUUGGCGGGAUGUUAUCUCCGCGGCCUGUUUUAUCGAAAGCUACGUUGUACAUGGUAGACAUACAUUUGAGCCAGCCAGCCCUAUGCUGUGGCCUUGCAGUUCAGACUAUCAGCCAGAAAGAUGAUGCAGAUCAGAAUACUCAUUAA